AUGUUACAUCAAUAGAGGUAUGCAAUCAAAAAUUAUAUUUAUUAAAAAAUUCUUAUUCAACUGAAAAUAUUUUAAUAGAUUCAAAUGGAUAUAUCAAACUUACAGAUUUUGAAUUAUGCAAAUAAUUAAAUGCAGAUUUAGAAAUAAUAACAAAAAAGUUUUUGUGGAUCUCCAACUUAUCUUCCACCUGAAUUGAUUGAUGGUAUUGGAUCAUCUAAAGCAACUGAUAUUUACUAAAUAGGAAUUAUUUUAUUUGAAAUGCUUACAGGUUAUCCUCCAUAUUUUAGUACAAAUAUUAAAACUUUAAUUGAAAAUAUCAAAUAUUGUAAAUAAAAUAAUUUUCAAAUUAUAAAACAAUUAUUAAUUCCCAAAGACGUUAGUGCUAUUGCUACAGAUCUUUUAAAAUUAUUGCUUAUAAAGUCUCGAUAACAAAGAAUGACCUAAAUUAAUUUACACAAAAUUAAGAAACAUUUGUUUUUUUCUGAAAUAGAUUGGAUUAGAUUAUAAGCUAAGUAAUAUAAGCCUCCAAGAUUAAGCCUUAAAAAAAUAUUAAUAACAUAAAUGAUUAAUUUAAAAUUUGAGAAAAUAAAAAUGUAGUUUAAGAUUUAGUAUUUUUAGUGACAUAGAUUAUAAGGAAGAUUAAGAAAAAGUUAAUUUUAUUGAUAAUUGGAAUAUUUAAUUGAUUUGA